AGCACCGCGAUGUGCCUCAUUGUUCGCUCAAUCGUCGAAUCGAAAACAUUCUAUCCUUCCUCCAUCAACAUCUUAACUUCUUCCAUUUGCCUGUGUCUGUGUUCUUGUAAAAUAAAAAAACAAAUAUUGUGUAUUAUUCUAAACAUUCCAUCGUCAUUCAUUGCGAUCAAUCGACAAUUAAAAUCAAAAAUUGAAAGAAAGUUCUUUUGUGAUAAAAAUAAAUAUUGGAAGUGAAAAGUGUCUCAAUUGGAUUUCUCCCAAAAAAAAAAAAGGAUUUCCUUCAGGAUUUUGGAUAUUUUCUCCACACGACAUUGGAUUAUUUUCCAAGUGUUUCAGACGCGCGAUUUCCUCGACUGAGUUGAAUAAGGCGGCUCAUUAGAUACCAACAAUGGGUGGCUUUGAGCAGAGACCAUGGACACCGACAAAGCGCCGGGGGCCCAUUGCUGCAGAACAUUCGAGUCCUGGACCAGCCCUUGUCCAGCUUCCAACACUAAUCGGAGUUAAAGUUCCCGACUCGAGACGCACAGCAGCACCAGCCUACAGCUUUGGCUCCCGUCACAGAGCACGCUCAGAGACAUAUGGGCCAGGUCCAGCGCAGUACAACAUCAUCGGAUUGGGUUCACGUGGAAAGGAUACACCACCCGCAAUGUCCCUACAGAGUCGACCACGGGGCAAGAGUUCCUUCCUCACACCUGCCCCGGGAGAGUACAAUGUGGACAAGGGGGAAAAGCUCAUGGCAGAAGCGGCGCCAAAAUAUACAUUCGGCCUUAAGAGUACCUCUGAAAAAUUGAGCCAGACUCCAGCGCCUGGCACGUACUACCCUGAGAAAGUAGUUUUAAAAAAAUCACCCAAAUACAGUUUUGGCAUUAAAGUUGCGCGCAAUGUAGUUAACAAUACGCCAGCUCCGGGAAGUUACUGCCCAGAAAAAAUCGCCACAACUCAUAGCCCAAGAUAUAGUUUUGGCGUGAAGACAAACAAUGAGAAGACGAGUGAUACGCCAGCUCCUGGAGCGUAUAUGCCUGAAAAAGUCCAAUUAGACAGUACUCCAGCAUAUUCAUUUGGAGUAAAGGUGAACCGUGAGAAGCCAAGUGAUAUCCCUGCUCCAGGAGCCUACUGUCCUGAGAAGGUUAAUCUUGAUCACAAUCCCUCCUAUUCAUUUGGCGUGAAAGUUGAUCAACCAAUUAAGAGUGAUGCUCCCGCUCCGGGAACCUACAACCCGGAAAAAGUUAAUCUCGAUCAUACACCCGCCUACAGCUUUGGGGUAAAGGUUAAUCAUGCAAAACCAAGUGAUACACCAGCUCCUGGAGCCUAUAAUCCCGAGAAAGUAAAUCUCGAUCACACACCGGCCUAUUCCUUUGGCGUUAAAGUUGAUCAACCUGUGAAAAGUGAUAUCCCAGCCCCGGGAACUUAUUGCCCAGAGAAGGUUAAUCUCGAUCACACUCCUGCCUAUUCAUUUGGAGUAAAAGUUGAUCAAAAGAACAAAGACUGUACCCCUGCUCCGGGAACUUACAAUGCUGAGAAAGUAAAUCUUGAUCAUACGCCUGCAUACUCAUUCGGGGUAAAAGUUGAUCAACCUCUUAAGAAUGAUAUCCCCGCACCGGGUACGUAUAGUCCCGAGAAAGUGAAUUUAGACUCUAAUCCUUCCUAUUCAUUUGGUAUGAGGACAGAAAUGAAGAAUAAGGUUUGCACACCUGCUCCUGGAGCCUAUAAUCCUGAAAAAGUAAACCUCGAUCAUACACCAGCUUACUCGUUCGGGGUUAAAAUUGAUCAACCUGUGAAAAGUGAUAUCCCAGCUCCGGGAACUUAUUGCCCAGAAAAAGUAAAUCUCGAUCACACUCCUGCCUAUUCAUUUGGAGUGAAGUGUGAUCAGAAGAAUAAAAAUAAUACUCCAGCUCCGGGUGCUUAUAAUCCAGAGAAAGUUAAUCUCGAUCAUACACCGGCUUAUUCUUUCGGAAUUAAGGUAGAUCAACCCUUGAAGAGUGAUAUCCCAGCUCCUGGAACGUAUUCACCGGAGAAGGUAAAUCUCGAUCAUACUCCAGCAUAUUCAUUUGGAGUUAAAGUUGAUGAGAAAAAUAAAAACUCCAAUCCUGCUCCUGGAGCUUAUAAUCCCGAAAAGGUAAACCUUGAUCACACACCUGCAUAUUCAUUCGGGAUUAAGGUUGAUCAGCCUGUGAAGAGUGAUAUUCCUGCUCCAGGAACUUAUUGUCCUGAAAAAGUAAAUCUCGAUCAUACACCCGCGUUUUCCUUUGGGGGUAAAUUUGAGCAGAAAAUUAAGGAUACAACCCCAGCUCCGGGAACUUACAAUCCCGAAAAGGUCAAUCUCGAUCACACUCCUGCUUACUCCUUUGGCGCUAAACUCGAUCAACCUGUGAAGAAUGAUAUUCCAGCACCGGGAACUUAUUCCCCUGAAAAAGUAAACCUCGAUCAUACACCUUCGUAUACUUUUGGCGGGAAGUAUGAGCAAAAAACUAAAUCUUUCACCCCCGCUCCUGGAGCCUAUAAUCCUGAAAAUGUUAAUCUUGAUCACACACCUGCCUACUCAUUUGGAAUUAAGGUUGAUCAGCCUGUAAAGAGCGACAUUCCCGCUCCUGGAACUUACUGCCCUGAGAAAGUUAACUUAGAUCAUACGCCUUCCUAUUCAUUUGGUGGAAAAUACGAGCAAAAGAUCAAAGACUGUACUCCUGCUCCUGGAACCUACAAUGCUGAGAAAGUAAACCUCGAUCAUACGCCUGCAUAUUCAUUUGGGAUUAAAGUGGAUCAACCUAUUAAGAGUGAUAUUCCAGCUCCGGGAACUUAUUGCCCAGAGAAGGUUAAUCUCGAUCACACACCUUCCUACACCUUUGGCGGGAAAUAUGAGCAGAAAAUUAAGGAAUGUACUCCAGCUCCUGGAGCUUAUAACACGGAAUCCGUUAAUCUUGAUCACACACCUGCCUAUUCUUUCGGAAUUAAAGUGACGCAAGAGAAAAGUAGCGAUGCACCAGCUCCUGGAACUUAUAAUCCGGAAAAGGCAAAUUUAGAUCAUCCCCCAGCAUUCUCCUUUGGCGUUAAAGUGAAUCGAGAGAAGCCAAGCGAUACCCCAGCACCAGGAACGUAUAAACCCGAAAAAGUUCAACUUGAUCAUUCUCCGGCUUAUUCCUUCGGCAUGAAGGUUAAUCAUGAGAAAACAAGCGACACACCGGCACCAGGAUGCUAUAUGCCUGAAAAAGUAGUGCUAGAUCAUACACCUGCCUAUACAUUUGGGCUGAAAGUGAAGCAUGAAAAAUUUAAUGAUACUCCAGCUCCGAAUGUGUAUCGAAUCCCAACAAUUUUGGGCAGCAGCAAAGAAGGUACAAUUCGCUCUGCACCCGCUUUUACAAUUACCGGCCGACACAAGACAACAAUCCCGCCAACAGUCAGUGUCCCCGGGCCAGGAUCUUACGAUGCUAAACUCGAAUUGCUCCAACGCAAACCACCAAUGUACUCAAUGGCAACGAGAUUUAGGCUUCCCAAUGAUAGCCACAUGAAACCCGGACCAGGAGCUCACUGCCCCGAAAAGAUAAAUCUCGGCCAUGUUCCAUCCUACAGUUUUGGAAUCAAACAUUCACCAUACUUGGGAAAUUUUACUGAGCUCAAAACCUGCUAGAUGAUCUCCUUCCAUACAACAAAAUCAAUGGCUUCUCGAAACUAACUCAAAAUAACUGAAAAGCAGUAACGAACGAAAUUUACAACAAAACGACAAAACUAAUGAAUUUAGUAGUGAGUAAAAAUGAAAUGUAUUAAUGAUAAUAAACUCUGUGCCACCUGCAAAA